AUGUCUGUACAAGAUACUCGUAAACUUACUUCUAUAUUACGAUCGAUUCAAGUAAUCGAAGAUAAAGCAAAUAGAAUUUAUUCUGAAUUUACAAUAUCUAAUAAUGAUAUUGAUCGUUUGCAAGCAACUCCUAUUGAUGAUACAAAUACGCAUUUACAAAUAUUUUUUCAACAUCUUGAACAAUUGUUACAAAUUGAUUUAAAACAUCGAAGAUCAUUACUAAAUAAUAAACGAAAUUAUUGGAAUUUUUUUGUUCUUGCACUUAAAGAAAGUAAAGGUUUAUAUGAUACAGUAUUAUAUGUUCUUAAUACCCAAGAUGUAAAAACUUCUGUUGGUCGUGGUCGUUUAUUUCUUCGUUUUUGUUUACAAAAUCAUCGUUUAGGUGAUGUUAUACAGCAAAGUUUUAUGAUGACUAAACUUGUGAGUCAAUUUUAUAAUGAUGAAUGUUUUUGGACAAAACCAGUCUAUAUGAAUCGUAUUAUUCAAGCAUUAUAUCAAUUAAAUGAUAUUCAAUUUGAUCUACUUUCAAUUUUACAUUAUCAACUUGAUGUUUGUUGGCCUACCGCAGAAUCCAUUGAAUAUCAUCAAAAACUUUUACCUGAUGCUUUAUCAAGAUUCCGUACAAAUAGUGUAUCUAGUUUCUUAUCAAUGGAUAGUCUUCCUUCACAAUUGAUGAUUUCAUCAUCUCCUAUGACUCAAUCAUCAUUUCAAAAUCUUGAAUUAUCAAUAAAUGAUGAUAGUUCAGCUCAUUCAAUUUCAUCUGUUGAUGAAUAUCCAGAAAAUACUGUAAAUUAUUGGAGAGAACGCUAUCAGCAAUUAGAACUUCAAUUACAUUCAAAGUAUGAUAAGUUACAAGUGAAUGACGUUGAAACUCAAUGUUCAAUAGACAAAUUUGAUCAGAUAACUCAAACAAUAGAUGACAAAAAAUUAAUAGAUGAAAAUAUAUUGAAGAGUGAAACGGAAAAAUUAAAAUCUCAAAAAGAUGUAUUACAAGAUGAAGUCAAUAGUCUUAAUUUUCAACUUUCGACUUUUAUGAUUCAACGUACGACAACAGAAACUAAAUAUAAGGAUUAUGAACGCGAAAUAGCCAAAUACCAAGCUUUACUAGAAACGAAAGAUAUGAUUUUCAAUGAGUUACAACGUAAAUUCGAUGAACAAACCAACUAUCUGAAAUCCAUUCAAGAACAACGUUCGACUCAUUCAAUUGAACAAGACAAACGAAUUGAACAUUUGACAAAUCAACUUGAAAAAGCAGAACUUAAUAAAAUUCAAGAGCAACUUGAAGCUUCUAUACACGAAAAAACACUUGAUUUUGAAGAAAUGAAACGCAGAUUAAUUAAAGCUGUUCGUGAAAAAGCUGAUUUAUUUAAUUCAAUCUAUUUAUAUGAAGUUAAACUGGAAGAAGAACAAUCAAGACAAUGGGUGCAUGAAGACGAUGUUCUGAAAUGUACAAAAUGUGAAACACAAUUUGGAUGGACUUUGAGGAAAUAUCGUUGUCGCCAUUGUCACAAGAUAUUUUGUUAUUAUUGUUCAAAUCAUUGGCAUCAAGGUUCGACACCGAAUUCUCAACAUCGUUUAUGUGAUUAUUGUCAUGAAAAGUCUCUCACAGAAUCUCUAAUGUCAAAUUAUACAAUCCUUGAUGAUCCAGAUAAUGAUACUGAAACAAAAACUGAUGUUAAUCUCACAUUUGAAGUACGACCUGAACGGUUAACUCUACCGACUGACAAUCAAUCGUCAUCUUCCGAGCAAUAA